AUGUACACAGAUCAUCAGAGCACUGAUGAUCAGUGUGCCCUGAUUAUCAGUGUAGCCCCAGCAGUGCCACAUAUCAGUGCCACAUUUCAGUGCCACAUUUCAGUGCCCAUCAGUGCACAUCAAUGCCACAUAUUAGUGCCAUCUGAGCUGCCUUUCAAUGUCACCCAUCAGUGCCAGUCAGUGCCACCUAUCAAUGCCAUCAGUGCCACCUAUCAGUGCCGCCUAUCAGUGUCAUAUAUGAGUGCUGCCUUUCAGUGCCCAUCAGUGAUGCCUGUCAAUGCCCAUCAGUGCCACCUACCAGUGCCUCCUCAUCAGUGCCCAUCAGUGCCACCUAUCAGUGUCCAUCAGUGCAGCCUAUCAGUGCACAUCAGUGCAGCUUCAUUAGCGCACAUCAAU